UUUGAGUUUAUGUUGGAGACCUGGUGACAAUAUGAGAAUUGCAGUAUGCUAACACCGUGAUGCGCUUUGAUUAUGUUUGGCUUCGAGACCACUGCCGCUCAGCAUCUUGCUACAACUCUAAGACUCACCAGCGCAGCCUGGACACUGCCAGUGUGGAUUUAUGUAUUAAGCCAAGGACCAUUCGUCUGGAUGAGACCACACUCUUUUUCACUUGGCCAGAUGGUCAUGUGACUAGAUAUGAUUUGGAUUGGCUGGUGAAAAACAGCUAUGAAGGGCAGAAACAAAGGAUCAUCCAGCCUAGAAUUUUAUGGAAUGCUGAAAUCUUCCAGCAAGCCCAAGAUCCAUCUGUAGAUUUCCAGAGCUUCUUAGAAACCAAUGAGGGACUAAAGGACUUUCUGCAAAACUUUCUGCUCUAUGGAAUUGCCUUUGUAGAAAAUGUUCCUCCCACUCAAGAAGACACAGAGAAGUUGGCAGAAAGGAUCAGCUUGAUCAGAGAAACUAUCUAUGGAAGGAUGUGGUAUUUCACUUCAGACUUCUCCAGGGGUGACACUGCAUACACCAAGAUGGCUCUGGAUCGUCACACUGAUACUACCUAUUUUCAAGAGCCCUGUGGGGAAUACAGAAGGAAAAAAUAAGAAAUAGGAUGAGAAGCAGCUGAACAGGGGCUGAGGUUCAAAUAUUGACUAACUGUUCUCUCUGCCUACUACCAGAGAUAAGUAGUUUUCUGUGUUUUUAGUUUAAUCC